GUGUUCAGAGUGUGUUGUCUCUAUUUUGAUUUCUUUAUCUUAUUUUGUAGGAGUAUGCAGAAUUCUGCAGGAUUUUCUGCUAAUCAAAGGACACGAACAAGAAGUGGAAUUGCAGAAAUGAAAAGGCAGAGAAUGCUUCAGUCAGCUGCUCCAACCUCAGGAUUGUUGUCUAUAGCCCACCAGACAGGACAACUUAAUUCCUCUUGUAUGGCAACUACCCAAAUUAUUCACAGACCAACAGUAAAUCAAAGUGCAUCACAGACAAGACUGAACACUUUAUUUGCACAGCAGUCCCAAACACAGGAAAAUGUCACCACAGGAGAUUCUAUACAUAUUCUUGUUCCUGGAUCUCAAGAACGAAGAUUUCAUUCAAGCUUGUUAUCUCCAGGAAGACGAAAAAGUGAAUCUCAGAAGAAGAAAAAUAUUGCAUCACCUGGACCUCAUUUAGCAAGUAGAAAUUUUCAGGACUCCAAUAUGGGGGUAGUGGAAGAAGAAAGCGAACCCCUCCAAGAACUCAUAGAUGGCAAUUUCCCUCAAUUGGUCAUUGAAAAUGCCAGAGAAAAAAUCUUGAGCAACAAAUCUCUUCAGGAGAAGCUUGCAGAAAACAUAAACAAAUUUUUGGGCAGUGAGGGCAAUGUUGCUCAGACUCCCAAACAGACAGACAAUGGUCCCACAGAACAGGAGUCCUCAAUUGACGAAAUCUUUGGACUUCAGAGUGAAAUCCACAUGUCAGAAGAAGCAAUACAGGACAUCCUGGAACAGACAGAGUCAGACCCAGCUUUUCAGGCACUCUUUGACCUCUUUGAACCUGGUAAAAACAAGACUAAUAAAAAUGCACCUCAUGCCAUUUCCAAUCAGAAUGGAGUGGAGGGGACAAUCUUGGUGGAUGAAGAUAAUCUGGAAAUAAUUGAAAAUUCUGUAGAAACACAAGAAGCUAGUGAUCAUUCCAGAGAGGCACAGUCCUGUAAAGAUUAUCAUUCAGAAGUAGCAUCGUGUGCCUUGAACAGCAGUGGUGAUGAUCUCACUAAGAAAAGUAUAACUUGUGAACAAUCGCAUGGAAGCGGUAAACAGAAGAAACAGACUGAUAACUUUAAAACGGUAACUGAUGAACAAAUUGGUGAGCUUGAAAUUGCCUUUGAAUCUGUGCCAGAUUUGACUGACUCUAACCAAAGACUGAAAUCUGGUGCUGAACAAAACGAACACUGUAUGGAAUCUUUCAAUAAUAAAGAAUCAGCUGAAUCAGUAUCCAAAAGUCAAACAGUGAUGGACACUGAAUCAAAUGCACUAAAUCAUAAUGGUCUAAAUACACCCAGUUUGGCAUAUGAUCGUUCUGAUAUUCAACAGAGUUCCUUGGCUUCACUUGAUGAAGACACCGUAAUUAUUGAAAAUAGAGCAUACCCUGGAACAAGUAAGCAUCAUUUAUCACCAAAUACUUCGUUAUCUGAAAAAGCAAAUACAAGUCCUUCUCAUCUGAGCCCUGGUCACAGUGUGAUGCUAAAAAAAAGUAAUUCAUCUAAAUGUAGUCAGUCAGGAGAGUCAGUUGAAAAUGAACAGGCUGUAACAGAAGAGAUACCUACGUUGCCUGUUGCUUUAGAACAAAAUUCUAAUCACAGUUCUAACUGUCAAGAUCUGGAUAAAAUGACGUUGGAUUGUGUCGAAAGAUCUGUAAAUGUAUCAGAUCUGACAGCAACACAGUUGCAGCUUGAAGUUGUAGAUAUUUCCAAUAAACCUCGGUCAGGGGAUCAGCUUGUACUUGAAAAGCCUUCUACAAAAGAUUUAAGUCUCCAUUCAGGGUCAUCAGACUCUGAGAGAACACAAAUGGAAAUGCAAGAACCCUCAUCUUCUACAGAAACGGAUGCUGAGACUAUAUUUUUCUCUUCAGGUGAUGAUGGAUGUACGGAAAUUUCUGUAGUAUCCACUGAAAGAAAUCCUACUAUAUCUGAAGCAUGCCAUUCCCCUCCACUAGAAACUGCAUGCAUGUCAGAAGAGUCUAGCACUGAGUUCAAAAGUAUUGGUUGUGUUUCUUGUAGUAGUCAGCCUGCGGAUGUAGAUCCUUCUAGUAUAGUAUCCCUCAAAAUCAUCAUCAGUGAUGACCCAUUUGUAUCAUCUGACACUGAGUUAAACAAUGCAGUUUCCAGCAUCACUGGAGAAAAUUUGCCAACUAUAAUACUGUCUUCUCCAGCUAAAACUACGGGGCUAUCCAAAAGUGUAACUUCAGAAGAGACUGAAAGAGUUGGGGACUCAGCAUCUUCAGAACAAAAUCUUCUUGUGCUCAGACCUAAAGACCCUGCCGUGAGCUCAGUGACUAUGCAGAAUGAAGAAUGCACUGUUUUUUCAGUUGCUGGUGCAACUAAUCUUUCCAAGGACGGGGGGUUUAUUCAAUUGAUGCCAGCAACUAGCACAGCUUUUGGCAAUUCAAAUAACCUUUAUAUAACCACCUGCAUGACUGAUCCAACCACAUUGAGCACUACUGUAACUCCAUCUAAUGUAGUUGUGUUGCCUGGCAAUUCUGUGUCACUUGCUGCCCAAGCUCCAACAGCACAACAGUUACAGACUCCUCCUAGAUCAAACAUGUUUACGAUGAAUCAGACUGUAUCUCCAAACUUUUCACAAGGUUCUGCCAUUAUAAUUGCAUCUCCAGUGCAGCCAGUUCUAUCAGGAAUGGUGGGGAUGAUCCCCGUAUCAGUACUGGGACAAAGCGGAAAUACUUUCUCAGCACCUCCCCACCAGGUUUUACACAUGCCUAUAGCAAAUCCUAUGUGCAAUAGAAGUGUUCCUAAAAUACCUAUCCCUCCCAAAUCUCAGAAGACCCCAGGAGCAAGAAACAAGCUGAAUACAGGAAAGCUGGUACUUGGUGCAGCAAAGCCUGUGAACUAUCCAAGUUCUAGAGUACAAAGGGCUGGAAAUUCAGAGAGGAAUGGCUGUGCAGAGCUGGGAAAGAAAUUGGAAGAAAGUUCAUUUACUGUUCCAGCAGAGUCCACAAGUUCAAAUUCCAAACAGAAUGAAAGCCACAGGAGAGUGCUUUGCUUUGAUAGUGCUUUACCUACUCCAGGAGGCAGUACUCAAGGUCAGAAUACUAAGAGCUUGUUACAAAAAGAAAGGAAUGAACAUCCUUUAUUUGCAGUAGACUCUCCAAAUGCUGCAUCUGCCUCUAUUAAAACACAGUCCAACAAAAGAGAGAAGGAUAAAACUUUGCCUAGAAUUCUAUGUAAGGCUGAGAUUGGCGGUAGCAGACAUGCAGCCGUGAAAGAAGCACAGCCUGAGAGAAAGUCUGUGGCUGCAGGACUCGCAUCAGAUCCCUUUCACAAGACAACGGCGAAUAAAGAGAAUGAAUUGAGAAGAGACAUUGAUGAGAAACAAAAGAACCAGGAUGCUGCAAAACUGUCAAAUGGCCAAAAGAACGUUGGCCUUUGGAAUGAAAAAACUGUUGCUUCAGUGCAGGAACAGAACAAAAAACAAGGUUCACUGUCAAAUGUGAAUAGCAAAAAUUCAGGAUCAGUUUCCCUGUCUUCAAAGGAGCCAAAAAGAGAUCAAACAAAACCUUCCACCAACAGCCUUUGUUUGGCAAGUCCAUUAACUAAACAAGCUGUGGAGAUGUUACAUGGCAUUCAGUGGCACAGCCCUACUAGCAAAGUGGUUGAAAAUGGGGAUUUACCAGUACCCCGUACACCAUCAGGAGUUGGGGAUACACAUACGGAGGAUAUUGCAGAUAGUGUAAGGACACCAACUUGUAAACGCUACAUUGAAGACAAUACAACCCCUAGAAUAAUGGUCCCUCCUGCUACUCCAGACUUGCCUGCUUGCAGCCCGGCUAGUGAAACAGGUAGUGAAAACAGUGUUAGUAUGGCUGCCCAUACAUUGAUGAUUCUAUCAAGGGCUGCUAUUGCAAGGACUAGUACUAUGACUCCCUUGAAGGACAACACACAACAAUUUCGGUCAGUGAGAAGCACUGCAAAAAAAAGGAAGCUGGAGGACUUGAAUGAAUGUGAGAGAAACUCCCGUUCUGCUAGUAAAAAAGAACUUCAGAGCUCUACAACACCAGUGAAAAAGAAGAAAAUAAAGAAAAAGAAGCUACCACAUUGUUUUCCAGCUGGAAUGGAUGUGGACAAGUUCUUGUUAUCUUUGCAUUAUGAUGAAUAGUUGAACUAUGUCUAUUUAAAAACAAGGUGUUGCUUUGUAAAGAAUGAGCUGCACUUUCAGUGCACUGAAGUUUCACUUUAUAGCAAAAUCAUGCUGUUUCUGAAGCAGGUUGCUAGUUUGUAUAAAGAAGUCUAAGUUGGAAUAUUUUAUUUUUGAGAGCACUUACAGUAAUGUAGAGCCAUUUAAUUUACAAAACUGUACAGGUAGACUUGUUUGGCUAAUGUAAGUAUUGUACAGAUGUAUUGAGAAGUUGUAAUCCACCCAUUGUUUUUACCAUGUAUUUCCUGCAACACCAGAUGUUUAUAUUCUACAAAGUUCUUUACUUACCCAUCUAAAUUGCUUAGUCACUUUGUGAGUUUGAAGGCAGUGAUUCUUUAAUUCACCAUUUCUAAGCCUUGCAUCACUGCUGAUUUUAAACAAGACAGUUGAGAGAAGAACUAGGAAAUUAAGCAUUUGGAUCAUCUUUUACAGGUAUCAGAAGUUUCAAAUCAAACUUGUGCUAAUUUGUUUGUAGUAGAGUUCUUGCUUAGCCCCUUUACACCCACUUCAUGUUCUAUCAAAGGCUUUUUUUAACUUUUAAAAACCUAUAGGGGUGAUGAAAGAUUUCCCCAAAGGAGAAAUUAAUAAAAACAUUCCCCUCUCCCCCAAGUGUACUAUCUUCAAGUAAAGUUGCUUAAGAAUUUUAUAAAAUUUUAAACAAGUUACCAGUUUAGCCAACUAAGUUCCUAACUGCAAACCUCAUUACCUACAAUAGUACCUUUUUUGAAGUAUAAAAAUUAUUUAAAAUAAUGAACUUUGUUUUAAACAUUUUACUUAAUAGCCAGAUUAGCUGUAGUUUCUCAACAGCAAAAAGGGAUUUGGUUCACAGGGUGCUAUUCUGUAUCCAGGAAUGUCAUUUAGAUAUCAGCAGCACAUGACUGCAUUAUGUUGUAUGAAAUAUUAUGCAUAGAAAUGAAAGUUUUGGUCAUUGAACUCCAAAUACCUUGGCUGAUAUACAAAUACAUGGCAUUUAUUAAGACUCAAAUGAGCAAUUGUUGCUGAAAACACUCAAAAGGGGAGUGAAUUAGUACCCAGGAAAAGGAACAUGUGGUAGAGGCAGAGUAAAAUAGUUUAUUCAUGAUGUACUGAGUUUUUUUAGUGUCAGAAAUCCUUAAUAGUAUUAAGCACUCAGUGAACAGGUUAUUCUUUCUCUUGGGUUUUCCACUGUAAUUUUACUGUGGUGGUGGUGGAAGUUGAGUUGAUGACACAGACUAAAAUAUUCUAAUUGGAAAGAUGAUUCUUUCAACUCUAUUUUGCACUGUCAAGGGGGAAGCUUCCUGUUUAUUCCACUUAAAAGGCUUUUAUAGUCUUACCUUUAAUUCAAAAUAAGGUAGAUCAUGCUGGUUUGCAGUGGGGUAACUAACAAAGGUGGUAGGGCAAAGCUGCAAUGUGUGCAUCCUAACUUUGGUACAAAUUGGUCUAGGUAUAAGUUAGUAAACUCUUGUGAUCACUAGUCCUAAGGUAUAAGGCCUAAUUUGUUCUGCAAAAUAUUCUUCACCAAGAGUGGUGUUUCUUCUUGUUCUCAACUUGUUGAUAUUACUGAAUAUAACAGUUUUCUUAUAAAAUCUAUAUGGUGACAUGGCAAUGUUUCGAGUAGCAUCCAAAGAUUCCUAAGGAACUAAACAUUAUGCAGUAGAUGUUUAUAUUAAACCCAUUCACUAAUUUAAUACUGCAUAACAUUUAAGGCUUGAAUAAAUAUUUUGGUUUUAAUUUAAAAGGUUUGUCUAUCCAUUUUGUAUGCCAAAGAACAAUGUACAAGUCCUGUGGUGAUACUCACUUUCAUUUUUGCUCUGCAUCUUCAAUGAACUAUGUUAAAUACACAAUUACCAUGGUUGUAGCGCACAUGAAGGGACAGCAUUGAAUUUUUUUAGUACUUGAAGUGAGUUUUCCAUCUCUGAGAAAUACUACACUUUUCAGAAAUGACUUGAUGUUAACCCAUUAAUGUUUCCAUUUCAUACAAAGCUUCAAAUCUGGAAAAAUUCUAAAAUGAGGCAGGCAUGACCCAAGGCUAAGUAAAAAUCCUAACCCCAUUCUCUUCUUCCUCUGAAGUCUUAUAGGCUGUAAACAGUUUUUCUGGGGAUAUAUGAGCUGGCUAUAAAGAACAAUAUCAAAUUUGCAAUGUGAUUUCUCAGAUCCUUCACACACAUACUGCAAGAGUUGGAAAGCCAAUCAUUUAAAAGCUGCUAUAAAGGUAGUGUAGUCAAGACAAUUAGAUGUUGCUGGCUGAAUGAGGGUUAAAGUUACUUCUGACUUUAAAUUUUACGUGUUUGGAUCAGUCAUUUUGAAAUAUAAAAUUGAAGUUUUUGUCAAGUACUUUGUGUAGGAGAACCAGUUACCUGCCUCACUUGGAGGAGUUAUUGCCCGAGCAAGUUUCUUGACAAGACCAGCAUACUACCAAAAGUGAACUAACAAUUUUGGUACAACUUAUAAAUCAAAAUACAGGCAGUCCCCGGGUUAUGUACAAGAUAGGGACUGUAGGUUUGUUCUUAAGUUGAAUCUGUAU